ACAUCAAAACCAAAACUGUCAUUUCCUAAAGAAUGAUGAGAUCUUUGGGACUUUCUUCCUGAACAGUGAAAGUGUUGGAUAAGUGGAUAGUAAAUAUUUACUUGGGAUUAUUGUGUGAUUAUUUAUCAGUGAUCUUUACAAAUCAGUUUUAAUCAAGACUAAAUAUAAUGCUUCCUGAAGGGAUUUUUGAAGGUGUCAUGCAAGAAUCCAAUCAGGAUUUGUCAUCCAGGGAAGGACUGAUGCUUCCUGACUUAAGGGGCUGUAUGAUACCGGGCGGAGGAGGAACAUUUGAAGGGCUCGAUGUACUAAAAAUUGAACCGCAGGAUAUUUGUGAUCAAGAAAUGACCAUUUUUCAUCAUUUACCGCAACAUCCGCAUCUCAUGCAACAAAAAAUGAAUUGCUCACCAAUAAUUUCACCCCCGAGUACUCCGCCUCGAAUAAAACUGCGAUCUCCUGCAGAACUGCUGCGACCAGAAGCUAAAAAGAGACCAUUGCAAUAUUCUGAUCUGCCUUAUAUGGGUGAAAUGACUUUAGAUAGUAGCAAGCCUCGACGUGGACGCAAACCCAAGAAAGCUGAUAUUUGUCAUUUGAUUUACAAAAAUUAUGGCACUACUGUAGCCGAUAAUAAUUCUGCAGCAACUCCAGCGGUUGUACCUAAUAUCAUAGACAUAGAAAAGGUUGGUAGUCUCCUAGAACAAAGGCUCAUGCAAGAGGAAUCACAACCGUUAAAUUUAUGUGUACGAGAUGCGCCACAACCAACUUCAGAACAAGAGGAUCAACUUUUGUGCUAUCCUAUGGCUCUGUAUUACCAAAACUUAAUUGCUGCUGCAGCAGCAGCCGCAAACACGCCUGCUGCAAGCACGAGUCCGCCACAACUCCCACGGGAGAAAGUACAAGGAAAACGCAAAAGGUCGGCGAUUUUUAUACCACCUGCCCCAGUAGAAGGCACUACAAAUCCAGCAACGGAAGUUUCAAUUUGCAAAUUCAAAUUCACAGGAGGAGCUAAGCCAAGCCUUCAAGAGAAGAAAAUGCUUAGUGUUGAUUCAGGCGGAAAUUUCCGCUAUUACAGCGGAACUGGCGAUAAGUCAAUGCGCGGUUACGAGUUUUUUCCGAGGGAAACUAUGCAGGCAGGAAAACCGGAACAAGUUAUACCAGAACAAAUCGUUGAACCGAAAUCCAACAACGUUGACCACAGAAGGAAGAGAAAAUCUAGGAGGAGUUUACACAGAGAGCGAUUAGAGCAAACAUUCAAAGAAAAGGGAUUUUUGAUACAAACUCAAAAACUUGAAUCAGCUGAAGGUGCAACUUACUGCAAAUUCAGGCAAUUGAGAAAAUUCACUAGGUAUUUAUUUAGAAGUUGGAAAGAUUAUUUGCCCGGAGAGUUGCAGAAUGGCGAAAACGGCCAACCUGUCCCAGUGCCUAUUGAAACUGGGAUGUCAUCCGAUGGAGCAACAAAUGUUUGA